GCGAGUGGUGUGAUGGCCACCGAUGUCUUCGCCAACAAUCGGUUCAUUAUAUCGCACGGAAAGUGUCACUUCUGGAAGAACUACGCCUACAGUGUAGAGGGUCACCCGUAUCUGAAAGUGUCGCACGACGUGCACAUUGAGGACAUCGCGUACAUAAUGCACAGGCAGUGGCGGAUGGAGUCGCCUCGUAUCGUAGCCCUUAUCAUAUCCAAUGUGGCGCCCCUUCAGGACUGGACGAACGCCCGACAGAUCGCCGCCUUCAAGAAGGGACUCAUGAAGGCGGCCAACUCGACCAAUAUGUGGAUCUUCACCAAUGGUGUCAAUAUGGGCGCCGCCCGUCUCAUUGGCGACGCCGUCGAGCAGGCCGUCAAAGAGUCCAAAGCCUACCGGUCCUCGUCGUCAGCGGCCAACACCACCGGACACACGCCGCGCGUCAAUGUGGUCGGCAUUAUGCGCGAAGAUCACCUCCGAUACGGCGAAAACAUCGAUGGGGAAACGGUUAAUCUCCAGAACGAGGGCAACCUAUUGGACGAACAGAAGUACGAACUCAACGACAAUCACUCGCACUAUUUGGUGGUGAGGGAUAACACGGUGUCCAAGACUGGGAUCAAUAUGUUUGCGUUGCGUAUCGUACAGUACUUGUCCACAAUUGGCGGUCGCGGCGAGUUCUCCAUCGAUCUGCUCGACCAAUCAGGUCGUACAUCACCCGAUGACUACGUGCCCACAAUCGCCGACCUGUGCUCACUGACCAACACAGAGAUACCGAUCGUGUCUAUCGUAAUACAGGGCGGCUACGACUGCGCCCGACUCGUGUUGGACCACUUGAAACGCCAACAGCCGGUGGUUGUGCUGCGCGGGUCGGGCGGAUUGGCAGACCUGCUGGCCUUCGCCUAUCUGGAGACACAGCAACGGUGCCGAGACUUGGCCGACACGUGGGACGCCGAGUACGUCGAGUCCUUUCUGAAGCCAGAACUCGCCAACAAGAUUGUCAAUCGGUUCCCGCGUCUCCGGGGCAACACUCUGGCCAGAAAUAUCUUCAGGGAUCGUAUACUGGAGUGCGUACGGCUGGCCAGACAGGGCGGCUGC